CGCUUUUACACGACUAAACUAUUACAGAAAUGCUGUCCCUUUCUAAAGAGAAAAAGUGAUAAUAAAAAAAAACUUUUUUUGUGGUUUUUCAGGACGAGCGAGCUGGUGGCGCUGGUGGCCGUGUCGUCCACGCUGUUCCUGUUUCUGCACACCCGCGACCUCAGCAGCAAGCUCAAGCAGAUGGAGGUGCGGCUGCAGCCCGACGACGCCCUCACCGCCAACCAAGUGUCAGGGGAGAGUGCGAGCUCGGCGGUCAGCGCCAUCAUCAGGAACCUGAAGGAAAGCGGAGAGGUACGUAUGGGCAGUCAGGUACUAUUUGUCCCCUCCCCCUUCGUGUCCUCUAUACCUCUUACGACCCCCUCCUUCCCCUCGACAUGUUUGCCCCCUUCCUACACGUCUCGUCUGAAGCUCCAUGAAGCUUCAUCAUGAUCUUCGACCAGGGCA